GAAACGAAGUUAGUUUGAUCGAUACUCGCGACGAAUAAAGUUGGUAAAGCAAACAACGGGCGAACUCGAGUCGGUCGUAAACGUUUAUGGGGACGAGUUUUUUCUGCCUGAAGGUUAAUAAUAAUAAUGUCGUCGAUGUGGAGGCCCGAAGAUUACGAGCGACAUCGUUCAAACGUGAGGAGAGCCACUCACGCGAUCGACGUGGACCCGCCGAAAAGCAGGCCUCACGUGAUUCUCAACGCAAAAGGAUUGCAAUUGGAACGCGAGAAGCAAUAUCGUAUCAUGAGGGAGAAUUUCAUCCUUCUGAAGAAAUUGCGUGACAUAAUGAAUCGAAAGAAACCCACCGAGAGGAGUUACAGGCUGAAAUGGGAUGACGAAACGAGGUGUAUCAGAACUCGUUAAUAUUUUUCUAUCACUCUCUUCAUCUCGUUCGCUCGAAUUUUAUAUUAUAUCACAUACAAAAAUAAAUUCAUUCGCUCGCGACUCGUUUCUAUUUUUUUUUAUUUUCAUUUAUCGGCGAAAAAACAAGUGAACGAGAAUCUUUUAUCCUCUGUUCUAAAAGCCUACCUACGAUCGUGAAAAGGGGAAAAGAAAAGGUUAAUUAUAAUAUCCGUUUUCCUCUUAACGAAGGAAGGGAAAAAUUUGAUCGAAAUGGAGGGGGAAGAGGAGGAAAAGGGAGAGGCCGACGACUUGUAUAUCGAACCAUUGCCAUCCACCUUCGAGGAUAUAACAAAUGUUUUGACACAGACGGAGGCUGGUGAGUGCCUUCACACGUUGGGAAAAUGCGAAUCCGGGCUUGGCUACGCUUAUCUCGGCCUGAACGCGUCCAACAGGGACUUGACGGACAUAAGGAUUAUACCGAUGUUCAAAUACGUGCUCUACGUGAACGUCUCCGGAAAUAGAUUGACUAACGAGGCUCUUCGCGUUCUCUCGUCCAUGAAAUAUCUUCUGAUGCUUCAAGCUGAUAAAAAUCAAGUGGAAUCCGCAGAAUUGGAUCCCAUGCCUUAUCUUCAGGUUUUAACAUUGAACAAUAACAAAUUGAACAGCACAUCGGGCAUCUCCCAUAAGUUUCUCGAAUGUCUGGAAUUGAAUCACAAUAACAUAGAGGAGAUCACUUUGAACCCGUACGAACUCGAGAACUUGAAGACUCUUGAAAUCGGUGGAAACAUUCUUACUACGACGAGCGGUAUAUUCUUUCCGGGAUUGAUACGAUUGUAUCUAGGGGAGAAUCAAAUAGAAAAGUUGGAAGGAUUAGAGAUAUUGGUCAAUUUGAAAAUUCUACAUCUGAGAAGCAACAAGAUAUCGAAUCUGUCCGGAUUUGACGCGCGAUGCGCCAAACUUAAUUAUCUGAAUCUACGAAACAACGAGAUAACAAAAAUUUCUGAAUUGGAGAAAUUAAGCUGCUUGCCGGCAUUGGAAACGCUGAUCGUUAUGGAGAAUCCCGUGAUAGGUGAGAGAGAAAUGGAAGAAGAAGCUGCUUAUAGGCAAAUUAUUUUGGCUAUGUUACCCAAUUUGACGCGAAUCGACAAGGAUCCAGUGUUAUACGAUGAAAAGAAAGAGGCUAAAGAGUUUCGUAGACAAAUGCUUCAAGAUGGGACAACUUUCGCUGAUCUGGAUUAUACUUUCUUGACCAUGGGAUGAAACUAAUCAUAUUUGUUAUAUUCCUUAUCAAAUUAUUAAUAAUUAAAUUUCGAUAUAUGUAGAACUUUAAACGAUAGAAAUUAAGGAAAAAGGUUCACUUGGAUCGUUUCUUUAGAAAUGAAAGUUUGCGGAAUAAUGAUAAACAAGGAGAGUAGAUAAUGAAAGAAGGACAGAGAUAAAGUAAAAAUUAGGGAAUUAGCGCCAUCUGUAGAGUGCCGAAAAUGAAAC